AUGUUGUCACCAAAGCUCUUAUGCAAAUCUACUUUCUUCACCAUUUUUGUCAUAAUCACAUUCUUCGGACAUGAAGCUCAUGCAACGCCUUAUGAUUACACAUACACAGCUGAGUGUUUGGCUAGACCUCUUAAGCCUCAGUAUAACGGAGGAGCAGUGGCGAAUCCAGAACUUAACGAAGGAUUGACGGGAUGGUCGAGUUUUGGAGAAUCAAAAAUAGAGCAUAAAGAAUCUAGUGAUGGAAAUAAAUACAUUGUUGCUUCCACUAGAAACUUGUCUUAUCAUAGUUUUUCUCAAGUGUUAGAUUUAGAUAAGGAGAAACUCUACACUUUCUCAGGUUGGUUUCAGGUAAGCCAAGGGGAGGCUGAGAUAGCAGCAGUUAUUAAGACAAAAACAAGCUAUGAAAUUGUUGGUUGGGUUAUUGCACAUAGCGGUUGCUGGUCUAUGCUUAAGGGUGGUUUUGUUGUCAAUGUUUCUGGCCCUGCAGAUCUUCAUUUUCAGAGUAAGAAUACCGCAGUUGAUAUUUGGGCAGAUAGCAUCUCAUUGCAACCAUUUUCAAAAGAUGAGUGGAAAUCUCAUCAAGACCAAAGCAUCCAAAAGGCGCGCAAGACAAGGGUACGAUUACAGGCGGUGGACCAACACGGCCAGCCUCUCGCCAACGCGACCUUCUCCAUAAGGCAGCAGCGGUCCGCCUUCCCCUUUGGCUGCGCGAUCAACGCAAACAUCCUCCAAAACACGGCGUACCAGAACUGGUUCUUCUCUAGAUUCCGGUACACCGUGUUUGGAAACGAUCUGAAAUGGUACUCCACUGAGAGAUCCCGCGGCGCGGAGGACUACUCCACCGCGGACGCCAUGGUAAACCUCGCGAAAUCCCGCGGCGUCGCGAUCCGCGGCCAUAACGUGUUCUGGGACGACCCGCAGUACCAGCCGUGGUGGGCCAACGGGCUCGCGCCCGGCGAUCUGCGGACGGCCGCGGACCACAGGAUCAAAGCGGUGAUGGGAAGGUACCGCGGGAAGUUCAUCCACUGGGACGUCGUCAACGAGAACCUACACUUCCGCUUCUUCGAGAGUAAGCUCGGCCCGGACGCUUCUAGAAGAUUCUACACAACGGCAAACAAGAUCGACCCGAGGGCAACGCCGUUUCUCAACGAUUACAACACCAUCGAAGAUAGCCGCGACGCCGCCUCCUCUCCCGCCAAUUACUUGCGGAAGAUCUGGCAGCUGAGAGCGCAGGGGUAUAAAGGUCCUUUGGGGAUCGGAUUGGAGGGCCAUUUCCCGUCCUCCAAUCUGAACCUGCCCUACCUUCGAUCCGCCAUCGAUACCCUUUCUUCGGCUAGGUUGCCCAUCUGGGUUACCGAAUUGGACGUCCAACCGGGGCCCAAUCAGGCAUCCUACUUGGAGCAACUGCUGCGGGAGAUUCAUUCCCGCAGUAGUGUGCAGGGGAUUAUGUUAUGGUCCGCGUGGGGCCCGCAGGGAUGCUAUAGGAUGUGUUUGACUGACAACAAUUUCAGAAACCUAGCCACGGGCAAUGUUGUGGACAAUUUUAGAUACACUUUAAGGCGCGUUGCGGAUUCGGUCGGGACUAUGGAUUCUGAUGGGUUUUUUGAAGCUGAACUGUUCCACGGCAAAUACCAAGUUAACAUAACCGGAGAUGGGUUUUCGGAUUUCCGGACUUUUGAUAAUCGCCCAAGCGGGGAACUAGCGACGAUGCAGUUCAAGCUUGAUGUCUCAGCAUCUUGA